AGUAUCUUAGGUAUAAAAGGUCGUAGGGAUUGAACUUUUCGAUUAGAACUUACAAAAUGAAGCUGCUGGUUGGUCGUUAUGUUCUGCUAGUCUGCAUUUCGGCAGUCCUGGUUCUAGCCGAAGAUGAUGUUGCAUCAGAGAAACCUAUCGCAUCUACCCCAUUGGCAACACCGACCACCACUCGUGGCCCUAUUGUUGAUGUUGUAACGGAAAAACUUAUCAAAUUAGCACCUGAGUCUGAAAAAACCACUCCGAGUCCAGUGAACAAAAACCCAAAAGUUUAUAGUACCCCGAAUGUGAAAGAGAACAUUGUACGUGAAAUAGUGGUAAUUCAUGAUCGCGAUGGAUACCAUCUGGACCGCGAUCAUCACCAUCAUCAUGAACAUGAUUACCAUCAUGCGCCACCUCCUCGCCAACCACCACCACCACCGCAUCAUCAUCUAGAUCAUCAUAUAGAUCACCAUCAUCCACCACCUCCGAAUUAUCACCAUUAUCCCCCACCUUAUGCAGGUUACUAUCCACCCCAUCAUCACUAUCUGCCAUAUUCGCAUGGAAUCAUGCCUCAAGCCUAUGCUACUGGAGCUCUUCAUCCACCACCAACCUAUCCCUAUUAUCCACCACCACCAGGACCUUACUACAAUCCACGUCCCAUGAAGCCAUCAGCAACAAUAAUUGAAAGUACUUCGACUACUAGCAGUUCGGGACAGAGUAUACCUAAGCCCGGUGAUUUGCUUAAUCAAGGAACCGAUUUUUUGUGGAACUUAUUUGAUAAACUCGGUGACGUGAAUGAUGAAAAUCAAGAGCAAGAAGUCGUUGCUAUCAAUCAAAAACCAUCAUCAUCUUCAUCAUCAUCAUCGGUGCAAACAUCAAGUUCAUCUCAGCAAAUGUUACCACCGACUUGGUACUCCACGCUGAAGAAGAAAAUUAUGUUUCGUAAAAGAACUGUUUAAUUCUUUACAACGAGUGUAACUUUUUGAAAAAAAAAAAAAUAUUUAUAAAAAUACAUUUUUUCGGAU